AAACAAACCAAUGACAAUGACAUCGCUGGUGACGUGCUGACAGACGCGAGGAGUUUGUUGUCGGCGGACGAAGCGUAUUCGGAGAGGUGCAGCCAUGACCUGACCACGUACUGGGACUGGCAGGCGAACGAGUGUCGUUCGUGCCUGCAGCUGGAAUCCUUAGAUGCAGGUCAUGAGUUUUCAGCAAACUGUGGCCAAGAUGAUCAUUCAGGAACACGAACUCAUCUACAGAUACCCUGUCGCAAGGGUACAUACAAUGAUGGGACCCAUAUUAAAUGCCAAGACUGUAAGGUCUGUUCACCUGAGGAGCCAACACUGAUGGAGUGCAGCACGACUAGAGACACCCAGUGUUGCGGAAAAGGGGAGCAGGUUAUCAGUGGAAGGUGUCUGAAGAUGACAGCCUCAAUUGAAACAUCAACAACACCGAUUAUAACUCAGACACCAACAACAGUGAGCACAGGAAAUUACCACACCUACAGCUCUCCUGCUUCUGACAAGGGGCGGUUGUCAAACGUGGCUCCACAUGUUUCCACCAGCUGGAUUUUUCCUGUUGUCAUCAGUUUGGUCGUGAUAUCCUUUGCUGCUUUAUUUCUUGUGCUCAAGAGGAGGAGAAGAGGAGCACAGUUUGAAAGCAUUGGUGUGCAGAGAGAACCGUCGGAUGGUCAUGUGAGUAUAAAAGGCUCCCUCCUCCACCUUGAGACAAACAGCCAUCAACCCACAACCAGUGACGUCAAGCACCUACUGCCCAAUGUCAUGGAGCCCUGUAACAUUUUAGCCUUCAAAACUGAGAAAGCUCCAGUAUCUGUGGUGCUGGACAACCUGGAUGUGCUGGAGGAGCUGGUCAUGCUGCUGGACCCUGAGCACCCUGGGACUAAGAGCACUCGCCAUGUAGCUGCCCGCUGUGGCUUCUCAGCAACCUGGGUCAACUAUGCCUACUCCAUGAGGGACACCAGAAGCCCCCUGAGGGCUGUGAUUGAGGGGGUCACUGCCAAAUUCCCGGAGUGGACUGUAGGAGACCUGGCCAAGGUGUUCAUAGAGAUUGGGCGGAAUGAUGCUGUGGCAGUGCUUACCAAAUUGUCCCUCUUAGGAGACUGCUGAACAGAAGCCAUCUUUAUUCUUCUGACCAUAGUUCUCUAUAGCAGUUUGUGCCUGUGUAAAUUCUUAUGAAAUUCACUGUAUUAAUGUGCAGUUUCACACAUGAUGUAUAGGAUCUUAUGUAAUGAAAGCCCAAAUUAAACGUUUUUUUAAAACAAAUAUACAGAAAGGUUUUAC